AUGAAGAAGUUCAAAGACCCCAAAUGGGACACGUUCAGUAAAUGCUAUGAGGAGAUGUUGAAAUACAGGCUGACCCGCAGACUCUUGGAACACACUCAUAUUCCCUGGUUUUGGGGAGAAUCUGACACUGAUUCAGAGUCUGGAGGCAGAAGUCCUACGCCUGCAGGGAAGAACCGAAACCAAGAAGACCAAGAGGUGUCUGUAAACAGAGCCGAAGGGGAACUGGAAGAGUGCAAGCAGAGAGAGACCUCCAUAGCGGUACCAAGACUGGUCCUGUCAAGAGAUGAGAACAUAAGCAAAGGCAUUGUUGCAGGAGUGGCUGAAGUAGCAGAGAAUGAGCAAGAAAGGAGAUGUGAUGAAGGUGGACGAGCUAAAGUGUCAUCUACCCUACAAGAAAAACAGACACAAGUUACAACAGAUAAGAAAUUGCAACUUACUUCUAAACCGAGUCGAAGUCGGCGAGUCCAACCUUUGCCAACACAAGCGAUAAAAGAAGACGUUAAACAAAACCGACAUCCCUUCAUUUUGUAUGCUUCAGGUGAGAAGGACUCCGACAUUGCAAGAAGAAAAACACACAACGUACGGCCUGCUGCUUCUACUAAAGAGAUUCACGAGUCAGCUCUGCGUGCUAAGACCAGGAGGGAAGUAGAGAGGCAGCUCCAGUCCCAGAGAGCGGAGCGCAGGCGAUCCAAAUCUGCAGAUGUGGACAAGGCCAGGCUGAGAGCGGUGGCACCUGAGUUCAAUCCAUGGCUCACUGAGUACAUGCGCUGUUUCUCUGCUCGUUCUCGAUAA